AUGCCUCUGCCACGAUAUACAUACACCGGCCCCACCGACCACACUAUCAUCCCUGACCGUAGCAGUGUCAAGGGUAAAUCAGUCAUCAUCACCGGCGGUGCGAAUGGCAUGGGAGAGGCGUGCGUGCGUGCGUUUGUUGCAGCUGGUGCAUUUGUUACAUUUGGUGAUGUAAACUUGAGGGGCGAGGUUAUUAAAGAAGAGUUGAACGCUAAUGCCGAGUGUUCUGCUUUUGUGAAGUGCGACAUCAGGGACUGGGACCAGCAAAAGCAAUUGUUUGAAACGGCAAAGAGCCGAAGCCCUGAAAGAAGCAUAGACAUUGUGAUCGCUAAUGCUGGGAUCAGUCGGAGUUCUGGCGACAGUCUUUGGAACCUAGAAGAUCCCAACGAACAGCCAACGAAGCCAGAUCUCAACAUCGUAAAUGUCAAUCUCUUGGGGUCUUUGUACACCUGGAAGCUUGCAGUUCACUACUUCAGAAUGCAGCCAGAUACCGAGGAGCGGGACAGAUGUUUCAUCAUCACGGGCAGCAUGGUGGGCUGGAUAGAUUCUCCUGGUAAUUGGGAGUACACAGCAACAAAGUACGGGCUUCAUGGCUUUAUGAGAACCGUGAGACGCUCCAGCUGGGAACAAGGCAUCAGAAUCACCUACGUUGCCCCCUGCUGGAUCAGAAGCGCGAUUCGGACUGCCGACUAUGAAAAGUGGUUGAUCGAUCAUGGAGUCGAAUUUGGCGAACAGGAAGACGUUGCAAACUGCAUGAUGAGAGUUGCCUGCGACAAAACCAUCAACGAGGGUUACAUGGACAUCGACCGGGAUGACUACAAGGAUGUUCCCGAGGACAGCUAUCUGAAAAGACUUCAAGAGUCUCAGCUGAUCAUCAUUGAAGACCAGUGGAGAGAUAAUUACAACGUGAGAAUCUACAAAGAUUAA